UGAGAUUAGUGGCACAAGUAUUCAAUUGCAGUGAAUCUACUUUUUUUGUAGUGUUCAAUAGGGUAGUUGAAUUCCUACUGAAUAUUUUGCCUAGUAUAAUUAAAAUGCCUACUUCAAAUGAUGACAAAAUACAAUGUGCCUACGAGUUUCAGCAAAUUGCAGGUAUACCUGAUGUACUCGGUGCUAUAGAUGGUUCGUAUAUAAGCAUUAGAAAACCAAAGCACAAAAUUCGAUCCACAUAUGUUAACCGACAUCAUGACUGCUCUUUAACUUUGCAAGCUAUUUGCAAUGCAAAGAAAAAAUUUGUUGAUGUUUUUACUGGAACGCCCGGUAAAAUGCAUGAUGCUCGCAUUCUUCAACACUCUUUUAUAUAUAAAGACGCAUAUUUACAACAAGUGUGUAGAUCAAAGUACCACAUUUUAGGUGAUGCAGCUUAUCCGUUAGAAGAAAAUAUUAUAACUCCUUUCAAGGAUUAUGGAAAUCUUACAAACAAUGAGAAAUUAUUCAAUAAAAAUCAUUCCAAGACAAGAGUUGUAAUUGAAAAUACUUUUGGCUUAUUAAAAGGACGUUUCCGCCAAUUGUUAAAAUUAGAUUUUUCAUUAGCUGAAAAAGAUUCAAAUUUUAUACUAGCUUGUUGUGUGCUACAUAAUUUGUGUACAGAUGAUGAUUAUCUCGGUCCCGAACAACCACCUGUAGAAGUAGAAGAAUUACCAGGAAAUGUAACUCUUAACAUUCACCCAGGAACUCUACAAUCUCGAGAAAAAGGAUUUCAAAAACGAAAAAUGUUAUGUACUUUGUAGACUGAUAAUUUUAAUUUUUA